GUUCCCGGCAGGCGGGCACCAUUCUUCAGAAUAAAGAAAGCGCCAGAACGGUGCAGUCAAGAAAAUAACCGUUGUGUGUGUCCGUUUCAAUUUACUACUACAGGCUGACUCAGAUUAAGUCUGAGGCCGGUAACAUCAACAGUGACGACAAACCCAGCCUGCCUCUCUCCUUCCACACUGAGUCCAAACCGACAGUCACUGGGUCCUGAUUGUGACAGUGGAGCCCAGUUUGCACAGCAGGAUCCAGAAAUGGCAUCAGUGAAGCUGGAAGACUGCAGUCAAAUACUGGAGCUGAAUGUUAACAUUAAAGAUGAAGACGAGGAGAAGAUUGGGACAUCUGUUUCUCAUGGCCGACUCAGAGUAAGUCUGAGUCCGGUAACAUCAACAGUGACGACAGACCCAGCCUGCCUCUCUCCUUCCACACUGAGUCCAAACCUAAAGUCACUGGGUCCUGAUUGUGACAGUGGAGCCCAGUUUACACUGCAGGAUCCAGAGAUGGCAUCAGUGAAGCUGGAAGACUGCAGUCAAACACUGGAGCUGAAUGUCAACAUUAAAGAUGAAGAAGAGGAGGAGAAGAUUGGGACAUCUGUUUCUCAUGGAGAUCAUGUUGAGACAUUCUCUACAUCCAGAGAGCAACAGCAGGAAGAUCACAGAGCUAAGAGGUCUCACCACUGCCCACAUUGUGAGGAGAUUUUCCCAAUUCUAUCAACGCUAAAAAUCCACCUACAAAUGCAUACAGGAGAGAAUCUGUAUUUCUGCACUGACUGUGGGAAGAGAUUCAAAACAUCAUCUGAGCUAAAAGUUCAUCAAAGAACACACACAGGAGAGAAGCCUUACUCCUGCUCUGACUGUGGAAAAUGCUUCAUAACAUCAUCUAAGCUAAAAGUUCAUCAAAGAACACACACUGGAGAAAAGCCUUACUUCUGCUCUGACUGUGGAAGACGUUUCUCUCAACCGAGCCACCUAAAACAACAUGAACGCAUACACACAGGAGAGAAGCCUUACUCCUGCUCUGACUGUGGGGCGAAUUUCUCUCAACUGGUCCACUUAAAAAGUCACCAAGGUAUACAUAAAGAAGGUAUACAUAAAGGAGAUAAGCCUUACUCCUGCUCUGACUGUAGGAAGAGCUUCUCUCAACUGGGCCACUUAAAACGUCACCAAGGUAUACAUAAAGGAGAUAAGCCGUACUCCUGCUCUGACUGUGGAAAGAGUUUCUCUCACUCGAGCUACCUAAAACAACAUGAACGUAUACACAGAGGAGAGAAGCCAUACUCCUGCUCUGACUGUGGAAAAUGCUUCAUGACAUCAUCUGAGCUAAAAGUUCACCAGAGAACACACACAGGAGAAAGGCCUUACUUCUGCUCUGACUGUAGGGCGAGUUUCUCUCAAUCGAGCCACCUAAAACGUCAUGAACGUAUACACACAGGAGAGAAGCCUUACACCUGCUCGGACUGUGGGAAAUGCUUCAUAACAUCAUAUGAGCUAAAAGUUCACCAGAGAACACACACAGGAGAGAAGCCUUACUCCUGCUCUGACUGUGGAAGGAGUUUCUCUCGACUGAGCAACUUUAAAAAACAUGAACGUAUACAUGAAGGAGAGAAGCCUUACUCCUGUUCUGACUGUAGGGUGAGUUUCUCUCAAAUGGGCCAGUUAAAAAGACACCAAGGUGUACAUAAUAGUAGCCUCAUCAGUUCUCUCAGACCAGCUAAGAUUAGUCACUCCACUUAAUUCUCAUCUCAUAAAAUAAUUGGCAACAUUGAGUUGGAUCAAAUGAAGAAAGUGUAGAACACUAUUGUAAUCCUAUUGUUUCUCACUGUGAGAACAAGGCAGAGGAAAGGGAGUGUCAUAGAAUGUUAGCCUCUUUUUACUGAUCAGUGUACAUCUUGUCAGUUUUGCUGUGUUUUUUUAGCCCGCGUCCAUAGACACAUACCAGCUCUACUAGUACUGCACCUGUCGACGACACAAGUUGUUCUGCUUCCAUGAGCACAUCCAAUGCUAGCAUCAGUAAUUCUACAUUUGUUGUUUGCCCAGCUAGCAUGGACACUGCGGCUGCAUCAGAAUCACAACUGUCAGAGCUACUGCCUGCUUACUCGGGAAAGCACCAAACAACAGACAGGGAUGUUGGACCAUCGAAGAGGUGCAAAUAUGAUGAGACCUACAUUGAUUUGGGGUUCACUUAUAUUGGGAAUAGUGCCUUUACUCAGCCACAGUGUGUUAUCUCACAACUCGAUGAAACCUUCACUUUUGUGAAUGCAGACAUUUAGAAACAAAACAUGCCAAUUUGAAAAAUAAGCCACAGGAGUUUUUUGAGCGAGAGUUGAGACGACUUUCCAGUAGUAAGACAUGUAUAAACCAACAGAUGCCAUUAAUAAGAAGGGGCUAGAAGCAUCUUAUAUUGUGAGCUACUGAGUGGCUAGGACAGGCAAGCACCAUACCAUUGUGGAGGACUUAAUUCUUCCUGCUUCUGCGGAUAUGACUGCGACAAUGCUGGGGGAAAAGCCAAAAAAGCUAUACUGUUUCAUGAUGCAUCAGUGACAUGGCAGAUGUUUUGAAACAAUUACUGCUUUGCGUACAAGCCAGUGAAUUCUAUGCGUUACAGCUGGAUGAGUCAACAGACAUGGCGGGCCUGGCACAGCUCCUGGUAUAUGUCCGUUACGUUUUUGGGGGGUCAAUUAAGGAAGACAUCCUCUUCUGCAAACCACUUGAAACCGGGACAACA